AUGGAGCGAAACGAAGAAGAGCUACCUGUAGCUACGAGUACUUCUCCUCGCACCAGGCAAUCAUAUAACUCUGGUCGUUCAGUAAACAUGUUACUAGGUCUCUCCUCUACAAAGAGUCCAAACUUUGGUUUUGGUCCCCGUUCUCAUUUUAGUUCUACAAGUAAUUUAGAUAAUCAACAACCAUCAUAUACUGCUUCCCCUUCAAGGAUUCGUAAUCAAACACUUGCUCUCGGUGAUGCUGGUCGAAGGAAGGAUUCUCCUCCCGGCGAAUUAUCCGCUGCUGGUCAAAGCAAUUUAUCAUUACUUCUUCAAACAACCCCCCCUUCACCACCUCAACCAAUAUCCCAUCAAACUAAUGCUGCUGAUGAGGCCCAAGAUCCUGUUCCUCCACCACAAAUAAGCGUUACUGCUGCUCCUGAUGAUUCUCAAAAUUUCGAAUCUUCUGAUCCUAGAAAUGAAUCCAGACCAUUAAUUAGCAAUCCUACUAAUUAUGUUUAUAAUUAUGGAAAUUUAAUUCCUCCUGAUGACUUUAUGAAUAUUGAAGAUCGUUCUUUUGUUGAAAAAGUUUAUGAUUGGUUACCUUGCACUGGAUAUAAUGAUAGGCGUGAACGAUUAAGGCCAAACUUUAGAUUUACCCCGGAAAAUAUUUUCCGCCAGGUAAUUCUUAAUCCUAUCUCUUAUAUACCUGCUAUAAUUCUUGGACUUUUGUUGAAUCUGCUAGAUGCUAUAUCCUAUGGCUUGAUCACCUUCCCACUAAGUAAUCCAAUAUUUCAAAAUUUUGGUCCUGAUGGGAUUUCAAUGUUUUUUGUUAGUUGCAUUGUAUCUCAGGUUGUGUAUUCUGGAGGUGGAAGCAUUUUUGGAGGUGUCGUGCCAUUCUUGCAUCUAAUGGCUGGUAUUAUUAUAAGGACUGUCAAUGAAAGUGGACGAGAAGACCAAACCGGUUACAUUGUUGCUACUACAAUGCUUUCCUUUGCGUUAAGUUCUGUUUUGACUGGUGCCGUGUUUCUGUUAAUGGGUGCUUUAAAACUUGGUUCUUUGAUUGAAUUUUUUCCUAGACACAUUUUAGUUGGAUGCAUUGGUGGUGUUGGAUGGUUUCUUUUCGCAACUGGUAUUGAGGUUUCCGUGGGCUUUGAAUUAGAAUUUUCUUUUGACAUUCUUUACAGACUUUUCCUCGAAGGUCACAACUUUGCUUUAUGGGGUUCAGCAUUAGGCUUGGCUAUAAUUUUGAGAAUAAUUCAUUCCAAAGUUCAUCAUAGUCUUGUUGUUCCAAUUUAUUUUAUGAUUGUUCCUCUUCUUUUCUAUCUCAUUAUUUUUGUAUUCGGUUUCUCAUGGGCGCAUUUAAGAAAAGAACAUUGGGUUUUUGAACUACCAGAAGGUGAUGCUCCCUGGUAUGAUUAUGUUACCAAAUUUGAUUUUACCAAAAUAGACUUUGGUGCAUUGAUUCAAACUGUUCCUGCAAUGUUUGCUCUUACAUUUUUUGGAAUUUUACAUGUACCGAUAAAUGUUCCAGCUUUGGGUGUAUCACUUAAUGAAGAUAACGUGAAUACUGAUCGUGAGUUAAUCGCCCAUGGUAUAUCAAACAUUGCAUCCGGUUUAUGUGGCAGUGUUCAAAAUUAUUUGGUAUAUACCAAUUCUGUAUUAUUUAUUAAAUCUGGUGGUGAUAGUCGCGUUGCUGGAUUAAUGCUUGCUGCUGGAACUGCUGUUAUUCUUUUUAUGGGCCCUUGGAUUGUUGGUUACAUUCCAAUAAUGGUAGUUGGUGCUCUCAUUUUUCAUCUUGGUUUAGAUUUAUUAAAGGAGGCUUUACUCGAUACAUGGGGAAUUGUUAAUCGUAUGGAAUAUUUCACUAUUGUUGCCAUUGUUAUUUCCAUGGGUACUCUUGGUUUUAUUGAAGGAAUUUUCUUGGGAAUCAUUAUGGCUUGCAUAUUUUUUGUGGUCUCGAAUUCUCGUAAGAGUGCUAUACGUGCUACCUUUUCGGGAACUUCGGCUUCAUCUACAGUUAGACGACGUUAUCGUCAACAAAAGUUUCUUAAACAUGUUGGUAAUCAAAUUUAUGCAAUUAAACUUCAAGGUUAUCUGUUCUUCGGUACAAUUAGUGGUGUGGAAAAAGAAAUUCGUAGAAUAUUAACAUUUACUUUUUUCAGGAUUCAAAGGCUUUUACAAGUUAAAAAUGUUUAUCUAGCAUUUUGUGGUACAACUUAUAAUUCUGAAGUAGGAAAAGCUCUUAGAGCUAUUGGAAUGUGGAGAGAUGAACCAUAUAGCCCCAAUAACUUUUUAUUAAUUUACGAAAAUUUUAAUGAGGCACUUGAACAAUGUGAGAAUAUGUUGCUACAAGCGUAUUAUGAAAAUGCAUCUUAUCAAUUAAUUACAAAUCAAGAUUGUGAGUAA